AGUUUAUUAUCACAAUACGGGGGGGGGGGGUCGAUUGCUCUCUGUGACCCUUGACCUUGGCAGGGGGGAACCCCAGGGUUGGUGGGAGCACGUGACAGGUGUUGAGGGAGUUUCUGGAGUGUUGUCUGCUUGGGGACAGGAACUGUCUGUCUCUCCAUUUGUCUGUCGUGAUGAGAAAUGGCAUGUGUUUGAUUGACAGCUAAGACUGGGGUCCGGGUCAUGAUGGGAAAUGAUCUGUGUUUGAUUGACAGCUGUGACUGGGUCUGGGUCAUGGUGGGAAAUGGUAUGUGUUUGAUUGACAGAGGUGACUGGAGUCCAGGUCAUGAUGGGAAAUGAUAUGUGUUAGAUAGCUGUGAUCGGGUUACUGAUCAUGAUAGGAAAUGAUGUGUGUUUGUUGGGGUCAGGGUCAUGGUGGGAAAUGAGCAUUUGAUUGACAGGAGUGACAGGAGUCUGGGUCAUGAUGGGAAAUGAUCUAUGUUUGAUGGUCAGGGGUGACUGGGGUCCGGGUCAUGAUGGGUAAUGGCGUGCGUUUGAUUGACAGGAGUACGUAAAUUUCUGUGUGUUUGUACAUUAUCCCACGAUGACUUGGGGGAAAUCACAGAAGGUCACGUGGUUCUCAUGUGAUGUCAGGCCGUCCCAGCACGCACCCUGUUUUCUGCGAUACCCUGUCUGACCCUGCCUGUCUGGCUAAGUAAUUAAGGGUGCAGGGAGUGAUGGGAAAAUUUAACAACUGCCCAAGUCCCCUUUGAACUUCACCCUUGACCCUGAGCGACUCCAGGUUCCCGCCCACAUCACAAUUAGGACAUCAUAGCUGCUUCUAGGCGAUUGGGGUCACCCCGGGGUGACCCCGUGACAUCAAAGACCCCGGAAGUAUAAUUACUGUUCAUGACUCUGCCUCUCCCAGCCCUGGAAGUGUUUGUAAUGAAGCCACAGGGACUCUCCAUCAGAGCUGCAGGGAUUGAUGGGAAGGUUCUUGCACUCACCUGGGCCUCUGGGUGCAUGGCAUUCUGGGAGUUAAUAAGGAAUCAGUGGUUAUAAUGGUUUUAGCCCAGGAUAUCCCACAUCCUUUGCCAUGUGUGCACAGGGACUUCUUCCCAUGUCCCCACGGGCUCAUGCUUUAGUGAGGGUCUGUGACCUGGGGUCAGGGCUGCUGCAUGGGAGUCUGGGGGAGGGGUCAGAGUGGAUGACAUCAGGGAUGUGUGCACCUUUUUUCUCCACCAUAUAAUUCCCUGCCACCCCAGCAUGCCUUGCAACUUACUAUCCGCUUAUAUUUUUUGUGUAAGUGUGAGCAAUUUCUUUCUAGACGUCCCAUGAUGCUUAGUGAAAGGAGGGAGGAAUAAGUUGAGCUGGUAACCCAGAGCAUCUUGGGAGGCUGUGAGACAGCAGGGCAUCAUGGGAACAUGAGGUGGAGCAGAGCAUCAUGGGAACAUGGGGUGGAGCAGAGCAUCAUGGGAGCAGAGGGUGGAGCAGAACAUCAUGGGAACAUGGGGUGGAGCAGAGCAUCAUGGGAGCAUGGGGUGGAGCAGGGCAUCAUGGGAGCAGAGGGUGGAGCAGGGCAUCAUGGGAGCAGAGGGUGGAGCAGGGCAUCAUGGGAGCAGAGGGUGGAACAGGGCAUCAUGGGAGCAUGGGGUGGAGCAGGGCAUCAUGGGAGCAUGGGGUGGAGCAGGGCAUCAUGGGAGCAUGGGGUGGAGCAGGGCAUCAUGGGAGCAGAGGGUGGAGCAGGGCAUCAUGGGAGCAGAGGGUGGAGCAGGGCACCAUGGGAGCAGAGGGUGGAGCAGGGCAUCAUGGGAGCAUGGGGUGGAGCAGGGCAUCAUGGGAGCAGAGGGUGGAGUAGGGCAUCAUGGGAACAUGGGGUGGAGCAGGGCAUCAUGGGAGCAGAGGGUGGAGCAGAGCAUCAUGGGAGCAGAGGGUGGAGCAGGGCAGGGCAUCAUGGGAGCAGAGGGUGGAGCAGGGCAGGGCAUCAUGGGAGCAGAGGGUGGAGCAGGGCAUCAUGGGAGCAGAGGGUGGAGCAGGGCAUCAUGGGAGCACAUGCUGACACCCAGCUGCUGAUAUCACAGUGAACCAGAAGUAAGAUGGCUUCCUGUGUCCCUUUGAAGGAAAGGCCGGCAGUUAUAUAACUCUCUCCCUCUAGGCUCUGCCCCUUACAGGUGACCCCACCCCCGGCUAGUGUCACUUGCCGGGAAACAGGUCACUCAACGAUCUCAAUGGAAAGCCAUGUCAUUUCCUGUAAACCUGAGAAAUAUUUUCCACCUGGUGUUCAAAUAAACCGCCGGGCAGCCAUGUUGUCCCAGUUGAUCUAAUAGUCUAUCAGAAUGACAUCAGCGUGAUGACAUGGCCAGGUCACAUGCAGGUGGCACGUGAUCAAAAUUACAUUUUUUUAAAUUUAUUUUUGUGCUUUGCUUCCCAAAACAGAAGAAGAUGCCACUGCAAGAUGCAUGGACCCUCCAUCUGUGGCUGUCCGUCUGCUUCACCUUCGUGGACACGGGUGGCGAGUUUGUGACCCGGAACUCCCGCCCCAACAUCGUGCUGCUUAUGGCGGACGACCUCGGUGUGGGGGACCUAGGCUGCUAUGGAAACACUUCUGUCAGCACCCCAAACAUCGACCGUCUGGCAAGCGAGGGCGUGAUGCUCACGCAGCACCUGGCGGCUGCGUCCAUGUGCACACCAAGUCGCGCAGCCUUCCUCACGGGGCGCUACCCCGUGCGCUCAGGCAUGGCAUCACCCAACAACAUGUACCGUGAUGUCAUGUGGCUGGGCGGGUCAGGCGGACUCCCGAGCAACGAGACAACGUUCGCCAAGAUGCUGCAGCACCGCGGAUACCGCACGGGGAUCAUAGGGAAGUGGCACCUGGGCAUGAGCUGUGCAUCCCGUGGCGACCACUGUGCGCACCCGCUCAACCAUGGCUUCAACUUUUUCUAUGGGAUGCCGCUGGGGCUGCUGGGGGACUGCGGUGCCAGCUCCUGGCCGGAAGUGCACCGUAGGCUGCGCAUCCAACUGUGGGUGACAUCAGCAGCGCUGGCCACCCUCCCCUUCCUGCUGCUGGUGCCCCGCCUGGCACGCUGGUUUUCUGUCCCCUGGACACUUGUGGCCACUUCUGGCUUCCUGGCCGCGCUCUUCUUCCUGUCCUGGUUCAGCAGCUAUGGCUUCGUGCGCAGGUGGAACUGCAUCAUCAUGCGUGACCAUGACAUUGUCCAGCAGCCAGCCGAGGAGGCCCGGGCGUCUGGGCUGAUGCUAAGGGAGGCACUGGCCUUCAUUGACAGGCAUAAGAGAGGCCCAUUCCUGCUGUUCCUGUCCUUUCUGCAUGUGCACACGCCCCUGCCUACACGCGGGAAUUUCGUGGGUCGCAGCAAGUUUGGGGCAUACGGGGACAAUGUGGAGGAGCUGGACUGGAUGGUGGGGAAGGUCCUCGCUGCCCUGGACCGGGAGCGCCUGACCAAUCAGACCCUGGUUUACUUCACGUCGGACAAUGGUGGCCGCCUGGAGGCCAAAGAGGGCAGUGCUCACGCGGGAGGCUGGAAUGGUGUCUACCGGGGAGGCAGUGGCACCGGUGGCUGGGAAGGCGGAGUGCGUGUGCCUGGCAUCUUCCGGUGGCCCACGGUGCUGGAGGCAGGACGAGUAGUCGAGGAGCCCACGAGCCUCAUGGAUCUGCUCCCCACGCUGAGUCACGUGGGCGGCGGGAUCCUUCCCCAGGACAGAGUGAUUGAUGGCCGGAACCUGAUGCCGCUGCUGGAGGGCCGCGUGCAGCGCUCGGACCACGAGUUCCUGUUUCACUACUGCGGCGUUUUCCUGCACAGUGUCCGGUGGCACCAGAGGGACUGCAACACAGUGUGGAAGGCCCAUUACAUCACCUCCAAAGGCUCUUCAGAGGGCUUGGAUGCCUGCCAUGGCAGUGGGGUGUGUGCGUGCUCGGGUGAUGUCACCCACCAUGACCCGCCACUGCUCUUUGACAUCUCACGAGAUCCCGCCGAGUCACGGCCGCUGAACUCAGAGAACGAGGUGCUGUUUGACACAGUGCUCAGCAGGAUGACAGCGGCAGUGAGGGAACACCGAGCCACCAUCACUCCUGUGCCCCACCAACUCUCUGCCUUCAAUGCACUCUGGAAGCCCUGGCUGCAGCCCUGCUGUGGCGCUGCCUUCCCGUUCUGUGGCUGCUCAAGGGAGGACGCUUGAGUGUGGUGCUCCCCAAGGGCUGGAUGCUCCCCAUGAGGUGCUACAUGAUGGCAGGGUGCUCCUCACAUGGUGCUCACAGAUGGCAGGGUGCUCCCCAUGAAUCUGUGCUCUCAACACAGUGCUCACUGACAACUAGGUGCUCCCCACACAGUGCUUGCCAAGAGGGACUGUCCUCACACGGUUCUCACUGACUGCAGGGGUGCUUGCCAGGCAGUGCUCCUUGUUUGUUGCACCAAUGAUGACCUGACUUCUCAUACAGUGCUCCCUCAGUGGAAGUGCUCCUUAAAGAGUGCUCUGUGGUGAUAUAUUGUGUACCCUAAUAUAUUAUGUACCCUAAUAAACUUAUCUGAGAAUCAGAGAAAAGAACAAGUCACUAGAUUAGACAUAGAGGCCAGACAGAGGUGGCACACACCGUUAAUCCUAUCACUGAGGGGCAGAGAUCCGUAUGGAUCUCUGUGAGUUCAAGGCCACACUGGGAACAGUCAGGUGUGGAGGCACGCCUUCAAUUCCAGCACUUGAGAUCUUGUGCCUUUGCUUGAAAGCACACAUGCCUUUGAUCCCAGGAAGUGACAUGGGUGAGUGGAGAACGGAAUAUAAGGUGUGAGGAGACAGGAACUAAGCAGCAGUUCAACUAAGACCCUCGGGUGAGGACUCAGAGGCUUUCAGUCUGAGGAUUCGUGGAAACAGGAUCAGCUGAGGAGUUGGUGAGGUGAGGUUGGCUGUGGCUUGUUCUAUUUCUCUGAUCUUUCAGCAUUCACCCCAAUAUCUGGCUCUGGGUUGUUUUAUUAAUAAGACCUUUUAAGACUCAUGUUACAGUACUCACUGACUUGCACUGAAAGGGAAAAAUCAUUCGGUGCAGGGAAGGCCAUGCACCCCAGGAACUCCCACAGCACGCGUGGCGUCGGGAUCACUUCAGCCUGGCGUGGGAUCGGCUUCUGGUCGCCUGAUGUCACCCUCAGAGGAGGAAGUCACAGCAGUGGUUUCGGGGCUCCUGUGGAUCCCGAGUUCACGGAUGUUUAGGCGCAGCAGGGCUGUGGACAGGAAGUCACGUUUGACAGCUGUGACUGGGGUCCAGGUCAUGAUGAACGGUCCCUGACCGUCUAACCAUGGCUCUCACCUCCACCAUGUCCCUGACCCUGUUCCUAAAACGCAGUCUUAACCUCCCUCCUCCACUUCCUACCACUGGUGCCUGCUUUCAUUUGGCUUAUGACUCUCAAAGCCAACAUUCCAUUUGCCUCGCCGUGGCAUCUCUUCUCCCCUUCAAGGCUGAGAUCUUUGAGGAGGUCUCUGAGGAGGAAGGGUUCGGGGCACUGUGCUUGUCCGGCAUCCGUCUGCUGUUGGCUUGGUCUUCCGGUUACACACAAGUCAGAUGUUUUCCUCCCUCACUGCCUCGGCAAGUUUUAUGAACAAAGAUUAAAUGAGACAAGGAAACUGAAAUGCACAGGCAGAAGUGUGAGCCUUUGUACUUGUGGUUGAGAUGAGCUCUCAACUUCAUGUUCCUACUACCAAGCCUGCAGAUUGCUGACUUCCUACCAGCCAUGAUGGACUUAUCCCUCUGGAACAGUAAACCC